AGGUGAGGCAGCAGUUUGCAGGACGCCAAAUGAAUUGGCUUAUUAAUCUGUCGACAGGGACUUAAAUAACGAGGGCUGGUCUCCAUAUCUUUGUAGGUGGAUCCCCCGCCGUAUAGUGAAUGUUUAACUGUAGCUGUUCCGUUUUAAAUUUCUCUGGAGUUUAAAAGGAGGAGAGAGUUACUCGGUGCUUGGUGCUCCAAUUCUAAAGCGGAGAGGGUUCACAGCGCGCGUCCAGACAGUUGCCUCAAGAGAGCUAGCCUCUCUCCGCAGACACCGAGCAUCAUUCCUGUGAUACGGAACGGAGGAGUCAAGACCAGAACAGCUCUUUGAACAUUAGCAUCAUUCUCCCGUCUACGUAAUGACAUUCGCGAAUAUUUUAAAACACAUAGGCUGUAAAUGGCACUUUGGUGAUUUUUAAAUAUUGUAUCCGACGUUUUGGAAGGUCACAAAAUCAUGUUCAGGGCAUUUAAUUAAUUUAUUUUAAAAUGUCCCCCUUUUGAAGACUAAAGUGCGUUUUUUUAUUUAUUUAUUUUUUUUACUUUUUAUUUAACCUUUUGCGAUAGGCUAUAUGGGAUUUCUUUAUUCAUCACUAUUCCAAUUCCAAAGGACUGUUUUCUUUUUCGUUUAUUUUUCCAGUAUGAGCACUUUGCGGUGCCAUUUAUACUGUUUUGGAUAUGCGUCUGGAUAAGCAGCACUGUUGGGAUGAGGAUAGCAGGUUGCUGUUAAAUUCUCUAUCUCACUUUAUAUGAUGGUAAUCUGAAAAUGUCGACUGGCUGACUCCAGGAAAAAGAGCCAAGAACGCUUUACACCUGAUUUGGGAAAAGGGAAAUUAGAGAUGGGCUGGCAGCAGCAACGUGGUUAAAUACGUGUCUGCGGGAUUCAACCACCGGUAAUAUUUAUUUAUUUAUUUAUUUGUAUAAGAUUUUUUUUCCCAAAAAGUCAAGUUUGUAUAUUUAUUUGGACCAAACGAGGAUGCUCUUUCACCGCGGUGUUAAAGAUUUGGCUAUGCGGCAGAACAUCUACGGCGCCGCAGCGAGAUUCACCUGGAGUUUCUUCCUGUUCUUCCUGUUAUCUCAGAUGCGGCUGUCUGCUGCGUUUCUUACAGGUUCUGUGGCUAGUUGUCAAAAUGAAGGAGAUGUGCUGCAGAUCCCAACCAUCACAGACAACCCCUGUAUCAGCUGUGUUUGUUUGGGCAAAACUGUGAAACUUGGUUUACAUCGUAAGCAAGUAACUACAAAUAAAGAAGUCACCUGCAAGCGUGAAACAUGCCCUCAGAUCCCCAAAGACUGCGCUCUGCUGGUGAAACAGAGGGGAGCCUGCUGUGAAAAAUGCAAAGAUUGCCAGUUUGAAGGGAAAUCUUACAAUAGCUCCAUGAAGUGGCAGAUACCGUCCAAACCAUGCGUAACACGCACAUGUCAGGAGGGCGUAGUGACGGAGUCCGAGAGGAGGUGUGUGGUGUACUGUAAGAAUCCCACAAUACAGAGAGGAAGAUGCUGUUUGACCUGCCCAGGGUGUAUCUUUGCAGGCAGAGAGUAUCAUGAGGGGGAGGACUUCCAUCCUGAAGGGAACAGAUGUGUAAAAUGUUCCUGCACUGGAGGCCGGACUCAGUGUGUGAAGGAAGUGUGUCCCGUCCUUUCCUGUCCCCAGCACCUCAGCCACACACCUCCAGGGCAGUGUUGCCCCAAAUGUUUAGGUCAAAGGAGAGUGUUUGAUCUGUUGCUCGGAAGCUGCUUGUUUCACAGUGAGGUGUAUGAGAAUGGGACCUCCUUCAAAUACGACAACUGCACUUCUUGUGUCUGCAAGAAUUCCACAGUGGUGUGUAAGAGGAAGUGCUCUCGUUCUGGGAGUUGCUAUAGCAACAAAGAGCUCUGCUGUGAGCCUUGUGUCUCUUAUGUUCCCAUUGAGGAGGUCACAUUUUGCCAGUCUGGGAAUAAAAUCUACAGGGAUGGAGAAAUGUGGCCCUCUGUCAACUGCACACUGUGUGCUUGUGUAAAGGGGGAGGUCAAGUGCCACAAAAAACAAUGUGUCCUAAUAAAGAGCUGCCCCUCUGGUAAAAUUCUCAACAGAAAUGGUUGCUGUCCCAUUUGCACUGAAAAACCUGGAGUUUGCACUGUGUUUGGAGACCCUCACUACAAUACUUUUGACGGCAGGACGUUUAACUUUCAGGGGACCUGCAAGUAUGUUCUGGCCAAAGACUGCUCGGCGGCAGCUAGCUUUCAGGUGCUGGUGAAGAAUGACGCCCGCAAAACACGCUCCUUCUCCUGGACCAAGUCAGUGGAGUUUAUCUCAGCUGAUGUGAGUAUCAGCCUGCACCAGCACCUCACAGUAAAACAGAAUGGGACUCGGAUAUCUCUGCCUCAUGAGACAGAACAGAUACGUGUUGACUUGGACGGGUACUUACUGAAACUGACCACGAAGACAGGUCUGGUGAUCUCAUGGGAUGGGGACAGUUUCGUGGAGGUCAUGGCUGCACCCCACCUGAAGGGCAAGAUGUGCGGCCUGUGCGGGAACUACAACGGGCACAGGCGAGACGACCUCAUCGGUGGCGAUGGCAACUUCAGGUUUGACGUGGACGAGUUUGCAGAGACAUGGCGCGUGGAGUCCAAUGAAGUGUGCAACCUGCCGCGGAACAAACCCCCGCUUUACCUCUGUCCUGGCACCGUCAAGGUCAAGUUCCGAGCCCACCGCGAGUGCCAGAAACUCAAGUCCUGGGAGUUCCAGAAGUGCCACUCCACAGUCGACUUUACCUCAUUUUAUAGGUCGUGCGUGACGGACAUGUGCGAAUGCCCUGUACACAAGAACUGCUACUGUGAGUCCUUCAUUGCCUACUACCGGGCCUGUGACAGGGAAGGCAUCAAGGUCCACUGGAAACCCGAGCAGAGCUGCAUGGCCACCCAGUGCAAGCAUGGAUCUGUGUACGACACCUGUGGCCCAGGGUGCACAAAGACUUGCGAUAACUGGAACGAGAUCAUCCCGUGCAAUAAACCCUGUGUGGCUGGGUGCCACUGCCCAGCAGACCUCGUGCUUUCGAAAGGAAGAUGUAUUAAGUCCACUCUCUGCGCACGCCGAUGACACAAGCUGCAUUGGGGAAGGACAUAUAGGCAGGUGACUGCUGUUCCACUGCAGCAAACCCUCGAACACAGCCCAUGAAGAACUGUGAAAGCGCCCAACCACCAACAUCCAACCAUCAACAACUCCACAGAGACGGUCGUCAACCUUCAAAGCUGUCUGCAUGUACAACACAUCAUGUUUUGUCCAAAUCAAUGACAAUAUGCACUCACUUAACUUGGUUUAAAGUAAGAGUCUGCGGUAUUGGCAACAGAGGAUUUUUGACAAGCUGGAGUUAUAUACAAUUACGGAAGGGAAUUGGUUAAGACCUACAUACAGUAAAAUACAAUAUAAUAUAAGCAAAGAAAGACAGCUAACAUUUUAUUUUGUAUUUUUGAAUUUUUUUUUUUACUAUGAGGUAUAUGUAUUAUCGUCUAGAGAUACUGUAAAGAGAAUUGUGUAAAGUAAAAACAGAUAUUUUUUAUUAUUAUUAUUAUUUUUUCUAAAUUAAGUUAAAUAAUAACUAAAAAGAUAUAUGACUAAAACCUUCAAUUCUAAUAUGUUACAGAUUGUUUUUAAAGGGAAAAAACUAUUUAUGUUUUUUAGAAGAACAUAGUUUAUUUUGAAACAAGGAGCUCAAACUUGGACCUGUUUGUUUGGGUUUUUUUUUUAUGGUGAAUUACAGCGCCUCUUUUUUCCAUAAAAAUGUAAAUAACGUAAAGUACUGUAUUUUGACUUGUUGUACCCAGAUUGCCAUUAGAUAGAAGAUUAUGCUCUUGUAUAUAUUUCACUUCUCUUUGUAAGUAAUAAUUUAAGAAAAAAAAAGUUGUAUCCUUUUAUUGAAGUCUUACUGGUAAAGGGCUGCCAGCUGUUCCGUUUUUAUGGUUUCCAAAGUGUUUUGUCCAGUUUUCAUAUCCUUAACCCUGUCUAACUUGAUUGUUGUGGAGUAAGCCUGUAUCAGUAGCUCGCCACUCCCCAAACCACUCGGAGUAUCAACGUGAGGCAGCUGCCAGCUCUACACUGAGGCCAUGUAUUAAUGCAAUAAAAGUAAACCCUUUAUUGGGAACCAUG